AUGGGGCCCAGGACCCCUUUGCUUUCUUUCUGGAUUCACGCUUUUGCCAAGACAGGGAUUUUGUUCCCAGGAGGCACUCCCCGGCCCAUGGGAUCUCAGCAUUCAAAGCAACACAGGAAACUUGGGCCCCUGAAACGGGGCCACCGAAGAGAUCCAGAUCGGAGAACAACCAGGAGGAGGUACUGGAAGGAAGGAAGGGACAUCGUUCGUGUCUUAGAUGAUGAGGGCAGCAACCUGAGGCAGCAGAAGCUUGACCGGCAGCGGGCCCUGCUGGAGCAAAAGCAGAAGAAGAAGCGCCAGGAGCCCCUGAUGGUGCAGGCCAAUGCCGAUGGGCGACCCCGAAGCCGGCGGGCCCAGCAUUCGGAGGAGCAGGCCCCCCUGGUGGAGUCCUACCUCAGCAGCAGUGGCAGCACCAGCUACCAAGUUCAAGAGGCUGACUCACUUGCCAGCGUGCAGCUGGGAUCUGCCCGCCCAACAGCCCCAGCCUCAGCCAAGAGAACCAAGGCAGCGGCCGCAGCAGGGGGCCAGGGCAGGGCCUCUAGGAAGGAGAAGAAAGGGAAGCACAAAGGCACCAGCGGGCCAGCAGCUCUGGCAGAAGACAAGUCUGAGGCCCGAGGCCCAGUGCAGAUCCUGACUGUGGGCCAGUCGGACCACGCCCAGGACGCAGGGGAGACGGCAGCUGGUGGAGGCGCACAGCCCAGCGUGCAGGACCUCCGUGCCACGCUGCAGAGGAAGGGCGUCUCCAGCAGCAUGAGCUUUGAUGAGGAAGAGGAUGAGGACGAGAACAGCUCCAGCUCCUCCCAGCUAAACAGCAACACCCGCCCCAGCUCCGCAACUAGCAAGAAGUCCAUCAGGGAGGCAGCCUCAGCCCCCAGCCCGGCAGCCCCAGAGCCUUCCGUGGAAGUGGAGGUCCAGGAUCUCGAGGAGUUCGCACUGAGGCCGGCCCCCCAGGGCAUCACCAUCAAGGGCCGCAUCACACGGGACAAGAAGGGGAUGGACAGGGGCAUGUACCCCACCUACUUCCUGCACCUGGACCGUGAGGAUGGGAAGAAGGUGUUCCUCCUGGCGGGAAGGAAGAGAAAGAAGAGUAAAACUUCCAAUUACCUCAUCUCUGUGGACCCAACAGACUUGUCUCGAGGAGGGGACAGCUACAUCGGGAAACUGCGGUCCAACCUCAUGGGCACUAAGUUCACCGUUUAUAACAAUGGAGUCAACCCUCAGAAGGCAUCGUCUACUUUGGAAGGUGGAACCUUGCGUCAGGAGCUGGCAGCUGUGUGCUAUGAGACAAACGUCUUAGGUUUUAAGGGGCCACGGAAGAUGAGUGUGAUUGUCCCAGGCAUGAACAUGGUUCACGAGAGAGUCUGUAUCCGGCCCCGCAACGAGCACGAGACGCUGCUAGCACGCUGGCAGAAUAAGAACACAGAGACUAUCAUUGAGCUGCAAAACAAGACGCCGGUCUGGAACGACGACACGCAGUCCUACGUACUCAAUUUCCACGGGCGCGUCACGCAGGCCUCUGUGAAGAACUUCCAGAUCAUCCAUGGCAAUGACCCGGACUACAUCGUGAUGCAGUUUGGCCGUGUGGCGGAAGAUGUGUUCACCAUGGAUUACAACUACCCGCUGUGUGCGCUGCAGGCUUUCGCCAUCGCCCUGUCCAGCUUCGACAGCAAGCUGGCCUGCGAAUAGAGGCCUCCGCGUGCCCUGCGGGGUCGCGCAGCCGGAGCGGAGCCGCCUGCCUGCGGAGACAGCCCUGCUUCUCCUGUGUACAUAGGCCUCCUGCCAGAUGGACCUUGGGCUCUCACUGGGUUCCCGGCCUGGCCCGCUGGGAACGUCCUCUGCCUGCUGUGCGGAGGCAGAGGAGCGCGGUGUGCGUGAGGGGACCAGAGUGCAAUCCUUCUGUGCCCCUAGAGCAACACACACCCCCAGUCUUGGGUUAGCACCGUGCUGUGGUCAAGUUUGCCAAGCUGGGCGGCCUCUUCAGCUGGGAAGGCAGGAAGGGGUGUAGAGGGAGAGGAGUACAAUGCAGGGCUGCUGUGGCCCAGCCAUCCACUCGGCCCAGGAGUCAGGUGACAGGAAGGGGCACAGGGAGCAUGUGUGUCGGGCAUCAGCUUCACACAGCAAAGGGCUUGGUAGCCGAGCAUGGCCCUUACGACGGCAGAAAGUCCCGAUUUCAGAAGGCCUCCUCCAGGCCCGGCAGAGCUGCAGGGCUUGGGCAGGACCUUGUCAGGAUUGCAAGGGCCUGGCUCUGGGAUUGGGCUGGUGGCCUGGGUUCUAGCUCAUCUGAUUUCUCUAGGUUUUCUCUGUGCAGAGGCACUAGGAGGCCGCCCCUAAAGGCCAGAUGUGUUAAGUGGACGUGGCCUGCAGGACACAGGCUGAGUACAGGAGGUGCAUGAACAGGCUCCCUGGAUCAGGGCUGUCCUGGGAGCCCUGUCAACUGCCCCAGGAAACAAGGGCGACACAAACAGGUAGGCGGCCUGAGGCUCUUGCUGGUAAGCUCAGGUGCUCGCGCCUGUGCUUCAGCUCCCACUGCAGUCAGCUGAGCUCCUGGCUGCUGAGGGCUUUGUGUGUUCUUCGUGGGUAGAAAUGGGACAGGGUGAGGAGAGCAGGGAAUAUUUCAGAACCAUAAUAGAUGAGAGGGUGCAGGACUCUUAGAGAUCAACUAGUACAACUCUGUCACUGUAGGCAAAUCACUCGGAAAAUGGUACUUGCCCUGGGUCACUUGGCUAGCUAGUGGCAGAGUUCAGAACUUCAGCUCACAGGAUUUCUUUGUUCCCACCAUCCCCUAAGAAACCACUCUCUCCAGCCUUCCUGGGGUCCAGUCCAUAUGCCCUCACCCUUUUGUCUGACUGCAGAGACUUAGUCAAGUCAGAGUUGAUGUGUGAAAUUGAAAUCAUUUCAGGAGAUUGGGCAGUUUCCUGCUGAAAGCCGUCAUGUCAGACUGAUCAGGACUGGCUCCCGCAGAGCAGGCCUAGCAAGGCCGCUGCCUGGUUUUGUGUCUGUGUGACAGGUGGGGUGUGCGUGUUCGGGGCUGGGCCUGAUCGCCCCUCCACUGCCACGCUUCUCCUUGGACUGCACCGUCUGCCCUGAUGGCUUGGGAACUCUCGUCUCCUGCCUUUUUGUCAUUGACCCUGGCAGAAGCUACUUGCCCAGAUGGAGAUCAGAAAUCAGUGCUUACUUAGCAAGCGGGAGUCGUUCCUCACUUCAGAGUAGAUGUGCUUGGAAAGGCUACGUAGAAAUAGAUUUUUAAAAAUAAAGCCACACUUGAAGCAUGUUAGUGAGGCUCUAUAGUGAGGUUAAGGAGUUGUGACUUAAGUGGAAGUAACAUGCUCUCGUUUCCUCGUAAUCUAUGUCUUCCCAGUAGCGUGCUUAAAGCAAGGCAUACCUGUUCUAGCACGGCUCUGCCCACGCCUUGGCCAUAGGUCUCUGGCCCCUCCAAUGACCUAGUUUUUGUCAGCACCGUCUAGUUCUAGACAGUGCUUUAUUUGGGGCCAUUCUGAGGGCACCAGAACUCUGUACUGGGCUGGGCCGCUUCCCAGGGAAACACUGUGGUGCCACCCUCCCUUUCCGUAGUCCCCGUUUGGCUCUUCCUUUUCUGACUUUGAGAAGAGAUCUGCUGACCUUUGGGAUGAUAGAAACUAGAUGAUCUCUAAAGUCUGGGGAAGCUGUUUCUCUGUGAUUUUAAGGUAGAACAGGCUGGUUUAGGAUGCUAGUGCGAGUGCAGAUCCUGGUGGCAGAGUGGAAAAAUCAGAAGCACAAUGGAAAACUCCUGUCCUCUGCUUUCUCCUCUAGUACACGACGGAUAUUUGGUAGGGUCAGGAAUGUGGGCUGAGUGUUCCAGCCUGGCUGUGCAGAAGGGCAGCUCAGCAACAAAACGCUGUUGGGCAUUGAGUGACAAGAGCAGUUGAGUCACCUGCUCGAGACCCAACCUCACGAGAUGUGCUCUUGUGACCCCAUUCCUGGUGAUGCUGGUUUUUCUUGACCACUGGCCUCAUAGUCAUGGGCCCAAAGAUUCAAAGCUGCCAGGGCCUCUGGAGACCACCUAGGUCUUGCCCUUUACACCCUCUAUCCAGAUGGCCCUUGGUUGGACAGGGAGCUCGAUGAUGGAAUGAACAGUCCCUAAGGGUGUUGAGCAGCUGAGACCUUAGGCAGCUCUUUUGUGACUGCUCCUGGCUCUGUAACUCCUCCUGGGGCCACACCCCAAAACUACACUCUCUGCCCCAAAACUGUUCUUCUGCAGAGUGGUGAAGUUCAUGUCCCCAACUUUUCUUUCCUUUUGGCUCCAAGGUGCUCUGUGUCUGUCUGUGUCCAUGUCUGUGUGUAUUUGGGGAAAAGGGCAAUCUGCACAUAACCAACUGAGGUUUCUUAUGCUAUUUCUAAGAAUGAACAGGAAAGGAGUAAGGGUGCAGUGCACCUGGGGAUUUUGUUCAAUUCUCUUUGGUAAGAAAGUGUACCUGGAAAGUACCAGCUCUUUCUCCCAAGGUUCUGAUUGGGAGGACACCAUCUAAGAAAGUUGUUUUUCAGUUGCCGUUCUGCAUUACCUGAAGAAACCAGAGUAUUGCAUGCAUUGCUUUUGGAUAAAUUUGAACGUAUUCUAGUGACUGUGCCUUAAAAAUCACGACACUAGUGCAGAUGGAGCAUAGCAUGUAAGGUACAGACCCACGCCAAGGGCAGGUACUGGAAGCCAGGGAGCGCGAUAGUCACAGGCUAGAAGAGAACCUUUGGAGCCCACCGCCUUCAGUGACAAGAAGGGCAAGAAAAUUGUAGAAACAAGUUUUUCUUGGCUUUGUAAAUAGCAGGGCAUUUACCUCUAAAUAAAAUUGCCAUUUAUUCAGAGGCAGUUCUAAAUUUAACAAGCAACAGUGGUGAUACCAAACUAAGAGUUCCAUGCUUUCCUCCCAGUGGGUGUGCAGUGAGGGGAGAUACGGGGCUGGCCGUGGCCACGGCUCUGUUAUGCAAGCACAAUUCCACCUCCUAGAUGGAGUCCCUGGUUUUCUCUUAUUGCAGUCACACUGGCCUUGCCCUCUCUCGAAUUCUUCGCCCCGGUUGCGAUAGCCGUGACCUCAGGCUGCCAGGUGGCCCUCCGCAGACACUUCUGGACAGCUGAGUGAGUCAGUCUGCUCUCCUGCUGUGCCCUGCCCUCGGGGACUCUGACUUUGAACUGUAGCAGCCCCUAGGAAUAGGCCAAGGGAUGGACUCCUGAGUUUAUCGGUUACCUGUCCUUUUGUACCCCCCGUUUGCAGUCUUCUGUCAUCUCAGGAUAGCGGGGAGAGGCAGAGCUGAAGUACUGGGACAGGCUUGGUUUUUUAAUUUUCCAACCAAGUUGAGAGGCAAAUUGGUUGGAUAGAAGGCAUUCCUUACUUAGUAACCAUGUGACUCAGAGCAAACCAUGUAAUUUUUCUAGGUCUGUUUUCUCAUCUACAAAAUGAGGAGCUCGGACUGACUGGCAAAGCUCACAGUAGGAGUCAGAGUGAAUGAAAGUUGAUCUUUGCUUUCAUCACUACCUUUUCUAGCUCAUCACUGUGCCUUUUUUCUUUCUUAAGAAAGAUGUCACACCCCUUCCUGUUCUGUUCUACUGUCCCGCCCCUUGCCCCAUCAAGGUCCAGGCAGAGCUGGAGAUUAAUCCAGAGUUUCCUAGAGAGUAACUUAGAGUGGCUCAGAAAGGGAAGCCUGACUCUGGCCUCUUUAAUCCUGUAUUUGGUGACAAAGGGGACUUGGUUAGGAUGGGUGACACGUUUCUUGCUGGGAACAUACAUUUAGCCAGUUCUCAUAAUGCUUAGAAUGUGUAUGUCUCUUUGCACAAGACUGUCUCUUCCUAUUUUGGAGUGGUCAGGCAUUUUAUUUUGUUUAAAAUUAUCUGGAGUUUUAGAUGAACUUGCAAAACUGCUUUUAUUAAGUGACUUUUUCAAUAAACUCUUUGGUAUUCUGGAGCAAAUGUAUUUAUUUAUUGGUAUGUGCAAUGACAAGGUUGGUAUUUUCCCAUGUUGACAUUAUGUAUGUUGUAGAACUUAAGUGUUUGUCUAAACACAGACCAUAUAUCAGCAAAUUAAACUUGAAUUGUUUCAACA